GAACUUCGCCGACCUGCAAUCUUUAUUCUAUAUUGAAACUGCGUACAAGUUGAAACAUUUCUCGUGGACAUGCACGCAUGUCCGUAAUGUAUUUUGGCUUGAUUGCCGUAACGCAGUUAGUUUGCAGGAAGGGCCAACAAAUAGCUGAACCGUGCGGAACCGAACUAUGUAAAAGUUGAAAAUCGUCCUGGAAGUUCGGUAGACACGAAGCGUUUGUGUUUUUGUUGUUACUGCUACAUUCGCCUCUUCCAACUGUGCGUUUGCUGUUAUCCUUAAUUGCGUUCAUCUGCCUUCGGCAACGUACGCUUUGUAGUUUGGUUUCCCGAGCAAUUUCUGAACGCUCGCAGGAAGAUUUUUUUCCUGUUGUUAUUAUUGUGAACAGCGGGCGUGUGUAAUAAAGUAGAGAAGACUAGGGUCGUGAGCACCAUCACCAGCAAGUGAAGGUGUCAGGCCGUUGAGAGUGCCCGCAAGAAGGAUAAAACCCGGAGGAACCCGAACCUACGGGAAACAGGUUGCUUGGACGUACAGUGACGAACCGAGUCGUGUGUUGAACGAACAAGGAAAAGUUAACUUUGUUUUGCCUUCCGCCAGCAUCGUCCUGCGAACGGAAGCAUGACAUAGUCUUCCCGCUACUAUCUGAGAGCGAAAUCACCGCGGAAUCACAUUAAAGCUGAAAUUCUUCAAUCUUAGAGAUCUACCACGCCUUACUUCAUAGGAACACCUUGGCCCAAAUGGAAAUCGGAAGUGGGUGAACUGGAUUGAAUCUGCGACAGCACCACCAACCCUAGCAAGAACAUGUCAGGCAAAAUGUUUCGUAUUCGAAGACGACCGACUUCUCUGCAAUAUACAUGUCCUAUAUGGACACUGGUUUUCCUAAUUCACUUGGCAGCAUUCCCAUCAAUUAGGAACUCUGUGUUGGGCUUGAACAUAAGAAAUAUCGACGUAGACAAGAACACAAAUAGCUUAGAAAGUGGUAGUGAGAGGAAUAAAAGUUUAAGCCCAGAUAGUGCAACAUUGGCCCUGUUACCAUCCUUGCAGGGCAGUGCUCAAGACGAAAAGACGAAAGAUAUUGAACUACCUUCGGCCUUCAGCAGGGAAAUACUCGAUCAGUUAACUACUAAUAAUCCUUGCUUGGUGCACUAUUGUCCGAAGGGGCGUGAGUGUACGAUCGAAUCCACUUCCAAUCGGCCGAUCUGUAUUUGUCAGCGAUACUGUUCCCAUCGAAAACGCCCAAUUUGCGGUUCAGAUGGACUGAUCUACGAGAAUCACUGUGAGCUUCACAGAGCUGCUUGCCUGCAAGAACGACAAAUUACCUACCAACGAUUCGAUAAAUGUCCACCAAAGGCAAUCUGGUCCAGCAGCUAUUCAACAACAAUAAAAGCUAUUCCUACCUCGACCACCCCUCAACCAAGGAGCUUAAGACAUCCUAAAAAUCUUAGCACUGAGAGCAUAUCAAAUCGACAAACUACGACCAUCACGCCUUUGACUCAACCAGGAGUUACCUAUUCUCCAGUCAGCGUACUUGCUAAUUCUUUUCUUUCAACUUUCACGGAAAAAACAGGUUCCAUCGCAUUGGUAUCACCACUUCCCCAGAGACUAAUCAAUUGGAAUGAAUCGAGCGUGGGGCCACAAAGAUCGACAAUAAACGAUAUCAAGUCGGUGGAUGACGCAGGCCACAAAGAGUACUGCUCAUCGCAGGAGUAUGAAAUUAUGAAGGACAACUUGCUUUUGUACAGUCACGCUCGUCUGAUGUCGCAGGAUAAUAACCAUAGUAGGGACUUCCUAGUUUCGAUUAUGUUCUCCCAUUAUGACCGAAAUAAUAACGGACAUUUGGAAAUUGAGGAGCUGAGCCAAGUGUCCAUUAAUGAACAUUUGGACGAGUUGAGCAAUGGCUGCGUAUUGGACGAUAUGCUGAACUUCGAUGACACAAAUCAUGACGGUAGACUCAGCAUUAAUGAGUUCUAUCAAGCAUUCUCGAAACUUUACAGUGUAUCUGUGGUUUCGCUGGAUAAAGCAUUGGAAACUAACCAUCUCUCCGCACGUGUUGAUGAUAAUGUUGAGAUCAAAUGCGACGUCACAGGUUCGCCAUCACCACAGAUUAUUUGGCAUCGUAAUGGAGUCGACCUGUCCACCCUUAAUGAAGAUGAAAUUCGCAUUUUCAGCGAUGGGAGCCUAUACUUGACAAGGAUUCAAUUGUUACAUGCCGGCAACUAUACAUGCCAUGCUCAGCGAAAUAAAGAUAUCGUGCAGACGCAUAUGUUGAGCGUAUACACGAUGCCUGAGGUUCGAGUCAUGCCUCGUAUCCAAUCCAAACGUCCAGGUGAAAGCGCUGAGAUGUAUUGUCACGUGAUUGGCGACCCCUUCCCUAAAGUUGAAUGGCUUAAGAAUGAUGAGCGCAUUGAGCUAGUCGGUAAAGCCAACAAAUAUCAAGUAAUUGGCAACGGGACAGCUUUGAAAAUCAGAAAUAUUGCAUAUUCUGAUACGGGUGCAUAUAUGUGUCAAGCAACCAAUAUCGGUGGUGAAGUACGAGAUAUAAGCUCGCUCAUUGUUCAAGAAGAACCAACACCAACCACCCUAUUCGAAGAACGUAAAUUUUUCACCUUCUACGAUUUCGGGGUUGCUGUCUACGAGCCAGCGAAUUGUCGUCUCCAUCAUCAAAUCCAAGGAACUGAUAUUAUACCUGGAACCCAAGAGUACGUUUGCGGUAAGAAGGAUAUACCCUGCUCAUGGGGCAAAGCCACAAAUGUCGGUACCAGAUAUAUAUAUGUAAGCCAACCAGAGCGCGAUCGAGUGCUUGUUAUUUCUACCAUUCAAAUGGUCGUUGUUGACGUAGUUGCAACCGAUAAGUACCCUGUCGAAUUGCAUUAUGUUCCGCAACUGGAUCAGGUAUGGGUGCUGAAUUGGCGCUACACCGAAAACAAGGGCGCCAAAACCAUUCAAGUUAUAAGGGAUGCAAGUCAGAGACGUAAACAUCAUACCGUUCACCCGGAGCCCAUUGACGGACAAUUCGACUUGGUCAAGGACCUGUUUGUUCCAUCCAAUCGACUAGAGCAGACGCAUUACAACUACAAAUAUGGCUACGUUACGCAUAAUAAUCAACGAGGGAUGUAUAAACUAGACCUGUUGAAUCUGCGCUAUACGAAGUCGGUCGAUUUAACUCUAUACAAUUGUGUCCCAGAGAAUGUGGAGUUCUCGGCGUUAUAUGGCUUUGUCAUAGUCUCCUGUCGCGAACCAAUUACAAAUCGUGCCCAAGGACAGAUUGUCCUGGACUAUGUUUCUGAUACUGUGCUUUCAACCAAACCCGAGCUGAAUGGCGUGUCCCAGAUAUCUCCUGAUUCCCGGCAUCUAAUCACUGUCGAAUAUAAUCCAAACGGGGUCAUCAUCGUUGUUCAGAAAGUUACACCUAAUGGGUUGGAAUUCCUUUUCGACGUGAAAACGUCACUCAAUAUAAGUGACAUAACUUUUUUUGAAAGUGAAAAUAUGCAUGGAUAUGAUGUGUUCGCAAGCACCAGUGAUAAAGAGGAUAUACUUUAUUUGAAUCUAUUCACAGGCAAAGUUGAAAUGAUCACGGGAGUUGGUCCGUCAAUGCCAGCAGCUCUCACCAAAUGGGGCAACCCCACACGUCCAAUCAGAUCGUCCGGACUUUUCGGCCAAUUCAUGGUUACCCCUGCAAAGAAUGCAUUAUUUGUCAUUAACGGCAAAUCUAAAAUGGUGAACUGUGAAAUUGGAGGAAUCGACCAUCCAGUGGCUGUGAUCUGGAUCCAUAGCCCUACCAUCUAUUCAUCAUCGAAUGGAAGCGGCACGAAUGGGGCCGUGGCAGGCACCCGUUCCAACGGCCGUGGCGACAACAACAGAACUAACGAAAACUCUACGGUGAACAGAGGAAAAAGGUUGGAUCAGGACACUGCCAGCAUUAGUAAAUAGUUAGAUUGGCUAAUGGAGAAACAUAUAGAUAUAAAAAUAUAUAUUUCUAAUAUGUAUGUAGGUUAGAGUAAUGUUUCACCAACCCGAUCCUAGUCCCUCCUCCAUCAUCUCGCCCUCCACCCGCUGUAGGUUAAGGUAAAUGAUGUAAAAACCUGAAAGUAAAUUAACAGAACCUUAAAAAGCAUAAUCUGAUAUUAAAUCUACAAAUUAGACGCAUGGGAAAGCAACAAAAAAAUAGAAGCGUAAGCAAAAAGUAAGACAAAAGUGAAUCAGGAGCAAAUGUGGAUGAAAACCAAAUACAAUAAAUGGAUAUUAUGUGUACAAUCUGGA